AUGGGAAAUCUCCGUGUCCGUGCCUUGUUUUCUGGAGAAGCCGAGGUGGUGCGAGAGGGAAGAGAGAAGGAGAGGGAGAGACUACGGCCAUGGAGAAGGGCGGAGCCGUUCGAUGCCAGAGGAUUGGGUGCGACGCCAUGUUUACCGAGGACAGCAACAUCGACGGCUCCUGCCGUUAUCACGAUUCCGGACCUAUAUUUCAUGAUGGUAUGAAAGAAUGGAGCUGUUGCAAGCAAAGAAGUCACGAUUUUAGCUUAUUUUUGGCUAUCCCAGGAUGUAAGACAGGUAAACAUACCACUGAGAAACCAGUCACCAAGAUUGUACCUGCAAACCCCCGGAAGCCAGUGCCACUUCCAUCUGCUGCUCAAAACAAAAAACCUGAUGAUUCUUGUUCGAGGUGCCGCCAAGGCUUUUUCUGCUCCGAUCAUGGUUCACAAGGCAGACCUUCAAAGCCAAUUGUAAUCACUGCUAAUAAAGAUGAUCAUGUCGAGAAGUCUGCUGUUCCCCCAGUCAAGAAGAUAGUUGAUCUGAAUGAACCCCAAAUUUGCAGAAAUAAAGGAUGUGGCAAAACCUUUAAGGAGAAGGAGAACCAUGAAACUGCAUGCGAGUACCAUCCAGGUCCGGCAAUUUUUCAUGACAGGAUGCGAGGGUGGAAAUGCUGUGAUAUUCAUGUGAAGGAGUUUGAUGAGUUCAUGAACAUACCUCCAUGCACAAAGGGAUGGCACAAUGCUGAUGCAGCUUGACUUUUUUUUCUUUUUUUUUUUUGUGUGUGUGUGUAGGGUGGCGGAGGAGAUCUAGUUCCUAACUGUACUCAAAGGAUUUCGUUAAUUUAUGCCUUACAAAAUCUGUAGAACUUGUUAAACCUUAUUAUACAUGCUGUCUGCCCUCUUGACAUGCUUAAUUUCUAUAUGAUUUGUGAUGCCCGUGGGGACUAAAUUACCAGGAGAAAACAACUUUUCUAUUA